CGCGGCGGCGGUGCUGGAAAUACUGCGUUGACAUUGUACCCACAAGCACACACGCGCUCUAUCUCCUACACACAUACAUACGCGCUUUUCCCAACGCACACACACGCUCUCUUAUACCAUCACACGCACGCAGGAUGAUGAAGGCAGCAGUCUGCGGUGUUGCGGUGCUCGUGCUGGGUAUCGUCAUCGUCGCCGAAGCCAAGGUGUUCGAUAGAUGCGAGUUCGCGGCGGAGCUGCAGAGGCUGGGAGCUCGAGAUGACAUGCUCGCAGACUACUUGGUAGAUGAUGAUAUUGCUGAUGACUUUGCUUGUGCAAAUAAGAUCUUUAAUGCACAUGGCUUCCACGCAUGGAACCCGUGGGCCGUAAAGUGCUGGCAGUUUGACGUCGCCGUCUAUCUUGACGACUGCAUCGAAGAUAAACUCAUCAAGCCACUCACGUUCACCGACGACGAAGACGACGAUCUGCCACCUGGCGGCGUUAAUUAAGCAGUUGUGAAUAAAUCCGCGGAUCACGGUUACGUGGGAUUGGUCGUUUAUCGACGUAUAAACACGCGUGUCUCUACAACUGUUAUUUUAUAGUGGUUGCGUAAAUGUUCGAAUCCAGAUUCUGUAAUCAGCCGCGUACUGAGAAGCUCAAGAUGAAGGUAUAGCUCAUAAACAGAGACGGCUGUAGCAGUUGGUGCGGCGGCAGCAGCAACAACAACAACAGCAAGAAAAAAUCAAAUAAGGAAAAAACACUCAAAUGCGUCAGAUCAAUAACAGAAACAAGAGCAGGAUCGACGGCAGCAGCAACAAGUCAAAUAGCGGUAUAUAUCAAUAUAAUAUAUCAAUAUCAUUAUAAUAGCGCGGUCAUAUUUAUUAUGACCGGCAUUGGCCUUGUUUGGGGAAUUCUGUGACACACCCUCAGCAUAACCGUGUGUAGUUUCUAGUCCUUUGACUCGCGGCAGCAAAGAUUUAUGAUAUCAAGAGCACAUAAACCGUUUGCGUGCUCUAGAAGAUGAAAUAGAGUUAACUUUUGUAGAAGAGUCGUCAACGAAAAUUUUCAUUAACACCUUCUUUAGCGCAAAUUGACGUUUUGUCAUCUCUUGUUAUAUAUUUUGAUACGACGAGUAUGUAUAAAUCGAUGUAUAUGUAACGUGGUCACGAUCUGUAAUGAAGUAACGUAAAUAUAUAGAUUUUAGGUACCUUGAUAUUGUAGCAAUAAAAUAAGAAUUUAACAGCA